GUGACACUGCAGCCGCUGGAAGCCUCUGAGAGCUCAGCCUCCAAGAAGCCUCUGCCCUCCCCGGGGAUCCGGGCCACCUGCCACCACCAUGAGGGUCCUCUACCUGCUGCUGCUGACUCUCGGCCUCCUCUUUUCACAGCUGGCCACAGAUAUCUUGAAAAGAUCCACAGAGGUGAAGUCCGACCCUCUCUGGCCUCCACUGACCGCCUGAGCCACCAGCACGUCUCCUAAGUGGACAAGCGACCUCUAUUGUAAUGUCCGCAAUGGGAGGGAACCCACUCACUCGUGGGCAACCCUUCCCCUGGCACACUGCCAACCAGCCACCUUGUCCUGACUGGGGAAAGAGCCCAGCUGACUGGCCCAGGCCCACAUUCCGAGACGACCAGUCUCACGUCGCUUCCCACGGACCAGUCCGUGUAUGCAUCACCACAGGUGUUAACCUGCUUACGGGUUUCGGCCAGAGGUCCGACCACUACAUAUGUGUCAAGAAAGGGGGGACCUGCAACUUCUCCUCCUGCCCGCUCUUCCAAAAGAUUGAAGGCACCUGUUACGGCAAAAAAGCCAAGUGCUGCAUCCGUUGACUUUGGGCUGGAGCAUGGGCAGAGGGGACCCAGAAGCCAAGUGAAGUACUUGUAACUGUUGUUUGAAUAAAAGAAGGUUUUUUCGAGGCGUACGUCCUUCAGACCAAUAUGAGUCUUGUGUCUCCUUUUAGAAGAAGUUCAGAAAGUAUGAAGCAGAUCUACACAGGAGGGAUGCAGGGGGUCCACGUGAGACUAAGGACACCUGAUGACGAGAUGACACAGCUUCAGGCCUCCCUCUGUCCCAGCAGAAGUUCACCCCUGAUUCAGCGGUCUCAGCUGCCUGCCCAUCUGCAGAGGCCAGAACCGCUGCCCUUUCUCCUCCCUGGGCCGGGGGCAGUGGGUUGUGGGUUGGUUAACCUCAGCAUUUGGGAACCUUCGCUGGGACCAUAAAGCUAUUCCUAUUUCACUCUGUAGGCCUAAUAGUAGGGCUCCCGGGUGUCCAUUCUUCACUCCAGCACAAUCACGUGGUCUAUUUACAUGUCACUUAGAAAAGCAUCCUCUACGACCACUGCCCCGCCUUUCAUCAUUUCUGCACCUUUAGGCCUGUAGACACCCACUGAUGGGGAAGAGGGAGCUGCCUUCCCUUUUUUCCAAUAAAUUUCUUACAACUCCUGA